AUGGCUUCUGCUCCUUCAAAGCUCUAUGCUGAUGAUGUUAGCCUUCUGAUGGUUUUGCUCGACACGAACCCUUUCUUCUGGAGCUCAUCUUCCCUCCCAUUCUCCGUGUUUCUCUCCCAUGUGCUUACAUUUUUGAACUCGAUUUUACUACUCAAUCAACUCAACCAAGUUGUGGUUAUUGCUACGGGAUACAAUUCCUGCAGUUACAUCUACGAUUCUUCUACCUCCACGAACCAGGGUUCUGAUAAUGGAAGAAUGCCUGCGCGGUGUGUUAACUUGUUGCAGAAGCUGGAGGAAUUUGUGAUCAAAGACGAGCAAUUGAUCAAAGAAGGCUUGAGAGAAGGGAUUGCUUCUUCGCUGCUAUCUGGGUCCUUAUCAAUGGCUCUUUGUUAUAUACAGAGAGUUUUUCGAUCUGGACCGCUUCAUCCUCAACCCCGGAUUUUAUGCUUGCAGGGAUCAUCGGAUGGACCUGAACAAUAUGUUGCAAUCAUGAAUGCCAUAUUUUCUGCACAACGGUCUAUGAUUCGUAUAGAUUCUUGCUAUAUGGGCUCUAGCAACUCUGCCUUCCUACAGCAGGCUUCAUACAUUACUGGUGGUGUGUAUCUGAAGCCCCAACAACCGAAUGGGCUGUUCCAAUAUCUCUCGACAGUUUUUGCAACUGAUUUGCAUUCUCGAGCCUUUUUACAACUUCCUAAGUCUCUUGGUGUGGACUUUCGUGCCUCGUGUUUUUGCCAUAAGAAGACGAUAGACAUGGGCUACAUUUGUUCCGUAUGCUUGUCCAUAUUUUGUAAGCAUCACAAGAAAUGUUCAACUUGUGGCUUGGUAGAUAUGGAGGAAAAGAAAUAA